AUGUUGAGUGAUGAAUUAAAAAUAAUCAAUUGGGGAGAUGGUUUAACAUUUUCAUUGAUCUCACCAAGUGAGGUUAUGAACCUGUUAAGAAAUCAGUCAGGUGAUAAUGAAUUAAUCGAUGUAUUGGAAGCUGACAAACAACAUUCUGACUUAUUACCUGGAAAGUACGAAGGUGGAUUAAAAAUUUGGGAAUGUACAAAAGAUUUAGCCAUUUAUUUAAAUAAUUAUAUUUCUGAUAAUAAAUGUGAUUUAACUAAUAAAUCAAUAUUAGAUUUGGGUUGUGGUUCUGGUAUUUUGGGAAUUAUGUGUGCCAAAAUGGGUGCCAGUGUUACAUUUCAAGAUUAUAACAAAGAAGUUUUAGAAUUAAUGACAAUACCAAAUGUUUACCUUAAUUGUCCACUUCAUGAUAAGAACAUAAAAUUUUUUUCUGGAGAUUGGCAUUCAUUUUUAAAUUUAAUGACAAGUAAAAAUUUUGAUGGGUUUGAUUACAUUUUAACAUCUGAAACAAUAUACAACUGCAACAAUUACAACAAGCUCAUAUUAAUAUUUAAAAAAUUACUAAAGUCAGAUGGAAUCGUUUUGUUAGCUGGAAAAACUCAUUAUUUUGGAGUAGGUGGAAACAUGUUUGAAUUUAAAUCGGAACUUGAAAAAAAUAAUUUUGAAACGAAUAUUUUAUGGAAAACUGAUGAAGGUGUUUCAAGAGAAAUAAUGGAAAUAAAAUAUCGAAAACAAAAAAAUAUCAAUGUGUAA